UUUAGUUUAGUAAAUGAAUGAUAUUUGCCGGGGGAGGGUGGGCAAAUUGAAAAUUAAAAUUUUGUGAUUACUUUCCUUCUUAUUAGAGUUAACUAGCCUCUCUGUGUUUUCUUGUUGUUGUUUUCGUUUACUUUGUUUUCGCACUUUUCAAUUGUUUUAAAAAAUAAAAAUUCCAAUAAAGACUUUGGUACGGACACUUAAUUAUAAUUUCUUUUAGUAAAAAAAAAAACAUAACAAAAGUUAUCGAAGUUCUGGAUAAAGAUUUUUUUUUUGUUUUAUACUUUUUAAAACAUAUUAUUUAUUAUGGAAUUAAAAUUUGCCCUGAAAAGCAAAAUAAUAAAUAUAAGCAUCAAAUAAACAAAUAUGUAUAGUCCACAAACCGACAUUCUAUUAAAUACAUUUCUUAUAAAAAAGAAACGUUAUCGGGCGCUUCUUAACUACGGAACAAUUAUUUACGAAAAGGAAGAAACAAAUAAUUCCAAACAAAAUGAUAAAACAAUCAUUCCUGUAAGUGAUGUACUUGCAUUUGAACAGUCCAGCAAUCAGCCUGCUGCAACUUCAGAAGAAUGUAAUCAAUCGUCCGAGCAUUAUUCAUCAUCCUCAACUACCCAAGAAUCUUCUUCAUCACCAUCAGCAUCGGGUAUAACAUCGGACAGCAAUAGCAAUACAAAGUCCCCCAAGGAAUAUCUUACUAUACACUAUGCCAAACGUGUCAUAAAAUCACCCCAAGACUGCAAUCGGUGGCAGAAGCAAACCGUUGUUUUCCAAAGCACUGACUCAACAAUUAUCAAUAAUUGGUAUGCUGUAUUGCAGAAAAUACUAAGUGAACAAAAUCGUUUGCGUAAUGUGUUGGUUUUUAUAAACCCUUUCGGUGGCCAAAAACGUGGUCUUGAGACCUAUGAAAAAUAUUGCAAACCAAUAUUUCAAUUGGCUAAAGUCGAUGCCAGUUGCAUUAUAUCGCAGAGAGCCAAUCAGAUUCAUGAUAUUGUGAUGACUACAAAUUUAGAUCAAUAUGAUGCUAUUUGCUGUGUUGGUGGUGAUGGAACCUUUGCUGAAGUUGUCAAUGGACUUUUAUUUCGAACAAUGAAAGAUUUAGAUCUUGAUCCCCAUAAACCCAAGUACAUACCUAAGCCAAAAAUACCAGUUGCUGUGAUACCAGCUGGCAGUACAGAUACUGUGGCUUUUAGUUUACAUGGAACGUGUGAUGUGGCAACAGCUGCAAUACAUAUGGUGUUGGGACAAAAGCGAGGUCUUGACAUUUGCAGCGUGCAAAAUCCAAAUGGCUUAAUUCGAUUUUGUGCAAGCGUAAUGUCAUAUGGAUACUUGGGUGAUAUAGCGCUCCAGAGUGAGAAAUAUAGAUGGAUGGGCACAAAACGUUACGAGUAUGCAGGAUUCAAAAGCAUACUGAUGAAUACAAGCUAUCCAGCUGAAAUACGAAUUCUCUUAUCAAAUUCAGAUGUCGAACACACUAAAUCGGAUCAGGCCUUGGAUCAAUCGGUCGCUGGAAGUAAUCAAGAAUUAAAUGAUAAGAAAUGUUUUGUCAACUGUCAACGGUGCUCAAGUUCAAGUUUUCUAGCCAAUGAAGUGUACAAAGUUCAUGACUCAAAUCCCGAUCUAGAGGAAAAAUGUCCAACUUCUUCAAAGUGCAAUAAUUUUAAUAAAUCUAUAAGUUCGGAAAAAGAAAAUGAUACUCUUCAAGGGACAACGACAAACACUAAAAACAAUACCUGUGAUAAUUUACCUGCUAAAUCAAAUUCAAAAUUAAUUGUAACCGAUAAAAGUAAUGGAUUUUCCAAAAAUCCAUAUAGUUCUGAAGAAGAAGCAGUUACACCAACUACAACAUCAACAUUGGUGGCAUCUCCAAGCAAUCAAAUGGUUUGGAAAGCCAUUAAAGGCGGUUUCUUUAUGAUUAGUGGAGCCAAUAUUACAUGUGCAUGUUCUCGCAGUCCUAAUGGCAUGGCCAAGUUCUCACAUCUAGGUGAUGGGUCAAUUGAUUUAAUUUUAGUUCAUAAAACUUCUUUAAUAAAUAAUAUUCGUUUGCUUAUAAAAAUGGUUAAUAAAACUGGAGAUAUUCGUGACUUGCCAUUUGUUGAAGUUUAUCGGACAAAACAGUUUUAUUUCCGGGCACAACCGAAUGAAGAAUUUGCCUGGGAUGGCUCAUCGCAUCCAAUAAACGAUGAAAUACCAUCAAGAACAAGCCAAUGGAAUUGUGAUGGCGAGAUCGUCCAUGAUUUAGAAAUAUUUAUGAGCUCACACUGUCAGUUGCUGGAUGUGUUUAUGAGGGGACCUUAUCCUUUUCAUGAGGAAUUACCUGGUAAUGCAUGUUGUCCGGGUUUUUGUCAGACAUGAAGCAAAUCUUAAUUGACAGACAAAUAUAUAGUGCCCAAGUUUUAAAUGGAAAAGGUUAAAUGAUAAUAUUGGAACAGUGAUUGGCCAGUUGCGGAAAAAAAUUGUAAAUAUCAACAGGUAGCCAAUCAGAAGCUAGUAUUCUAAAUAAUCAAUUAGUGCUGGACCCAAUUAAUUAAUGAUAAAGGAUGGUUGCCUUCAACAAAAAAAAAAUCAAAGAAGCAAACAAGCGGCUGUUUUUAGUAUAAUAAUAUCCACAUACAUUCUAUAGAAUUUAUAGCAACAAGACAUUUACAGAUUCUAUUUUUAUUAUUCAAUUAGUGUAUCUAAAUUAUGCCGUUUUCCAUUAGGCAAACAGAUUAAAAUUUUUGUAGUUUUUUUUUUUAAUUUUCAUCAACAGAUGAUUUCGUUUCCAUAAAGAACUGUUGUCAGUUUAAUGUGAUAACACAAUUCAUAUCUGACGCCAGUAAGCGAUUAGCGAGUUAAAUACGUUUAAAUGAUAGUAAGUAGAUGACAGUGGUGCUAAAUGACCGUGAGUUUUGCAAAUACUUAAACUGUUCGACGCUAUUUUUUAACUCACGUAAACUCUGAUGAUCAGUUUUUAUGGUUAAAUUGAUGGAAAGGAAAACAUUCAAAGGGAUACAAUCCACUGAAAAAUCGAACUUGAAAAAAACUGCAAAUUCGAAAACGAAAUAUAAAAUACCCAAUGGAAAACGGCAUUAGAUUUAGUUGUAUUAUAAAGACACGUAUUAUACUUAUUAAAUAUUUAAUAUUUGUCGGGUUGCCUUUAUUUUCAUAAGAAAAAUAUAACAAUAUUUUAAUACUGCU